GCGGCCGCGGAGGCCGGAGCUGGGGCGACGAGCAGCCGUGGCGGUGGCGGCGGCCGGCAGGCGGCCAUACAGGCCGGAAGUGCAAGCCGGAGCGCACCGGGGCCGCGCCGCGAUGGCGGGAGUGCUAGCCCUCCGGGUGGUGGCGGGGCUGGCGGCGGCGGCGCUGGCAGCCCUGCUGUUGGAGCACUACGGCCUGGCCGGACCCCCCUCGCCGCUGCCGAAGCCCCGAGACGCCCAGAGGCCGCACCCCGCCCCGGGAUCCGGAGCCCACAACGUUUUCUGGGGUCUGCAGAUAUCCGACAUUCACCUGAGCAGGUUUCAAGAUCCCGGCAGAGCGUUGGACUUGGAGAAGUUCUGUUCGGAAACCAUUGACAUCAUUCAACCAGCUCUUGUCCUGGCCACUGGAGACCUGACAGAUGCCAAAACAAAGGAACACUUGGGAUCCAGACAACAUGAGGUAGAAUGGCAAACUUACCAGAGAAUUCUGAAGAAGACAAGAGUCUUGGAAAAAACUAAGUGGCUGGAUAUCAAAGGAAAUCAUGAUGCAUAUAACAUUCCAAGCCUGGAGAGCAUCACGAAUUAUUACAGGAAAUAUUCUGCUGUGCAGAAGGACGGCUCUUUCCAUUAUGUACACAGUACUCCCUUUGGCAACUAUUCUUUCAUCUCUGUGGAUGCCACCCAAAGGCCAGGGCCUAAGAGACCCUAUAAUUUCUUUGGAAUUUUAGAUGAGAAACAGAUGGAGGAACUCUUAUCGUUCUCCAAGAAAAGUAGUCAGAGCAACCAGACAAUUUGGUUUGGACACUUUACAACAUCUACUAUCCUUUCUCCAUCCCCAGGGAUUCGGACAGUAAUGAGUUCGGCCACAGCUUAUUUGUGUGGGCACCUCCACACUCUUGGUGGACUGAUGCCUGUUUUACACACUCGUCACUUUACAGGCACUUUGGAACUUGAGGUGGGAGACUGGAAAGACAAUAGAAGGUACCGGAUCUUUGCCUUUGAUCACGACCUCUUUAGCUUUGCAGACGUCACCUUUGACAAGUGGCCCGUGGUUCUUAUCACCAACCCUAAAUCACUCCUCUAUAGUUGUGCCAAGCAUGAACCGCUAGAAAGGCUCUUCCAUUCAACGCACAUCAGAGUGCUGGCCUUUUCCUCAUCCCCCAUCACUUCUGUUGCUGUUAAGAUCGAUGGAGCUAAUGUAGGCCAGGCUGCUCACGUGUCUGGUCCUAUCUUCAUACUGAAGUGGAACCCCAAAAACUACAGUAAUGGGACACACACUAUAGAAGUAUCCGUGCAGGAUUCUGCUGGAAGAAGUAAGACUGUUCACCACAUAUUUUCUGUUAAAGAGAAUACGCAUCUCAAAUUUGAUCCUUUGGCAUCAUUUAUUCUCCUCACUGACCACUACAUUGUGGCCCGAGUCCUGUUUGUGUUGAUUGUGCUGACCCAGCUCACCAUUCUGAUUACAUUUAGAUAUCUAGCAUAUCCAGAGCUUAAAGAACCUCUGGGAUUUGCAAAUAUGACCGCAUUUUCCCUUCAUAUCUUGAGCAAAAUUAACAUCUUCUACUACUCUGUAUUGCUGCUGACUUUAUACACAGUGCUUGGACCAUGGUUUGUUGGUGAAAUAAUUGAUGGCAAACUGGGUUGCUGCUUUUCGUUUGGGAUAUUUGUUGAUGGACAUUUCCUGCAAGGUGGUCUAACAUUUAUAAGUGGAAUUAUGCAGCUGGCAUUUUUUAACAUCCCCUUGAUGGCUUACAUAUGUUGGAGCUUGCUGCAGCGGUCCUUUGGUUACAGCUUCAGGUCUCAUCUCCACCAAGGGAAACAUUGGAAGAUUAUAUCCAUUUACCUGCUUAUGCUUCUCCUGUACAUGUGGCAGGUUUAUUCUUGCUACUUUCUUCAUGUGACUUACGGCACUCUAGCCUUUUUCCUCUCCCCUCUGCGGACCUGGCUGACAUUGCUGACACCUGUACUCAUUCGUUAUGUGUGGACAUUGAACUCCACUGAACUUGGAACAUUCAUAGUGCAGUUAAAAAGCCAUCUGAGCUCCUGAAGUCCAUGGCUUACAGCUGGCAGCCUGGCAAAAGUCCAGUCUUCACAUUUGUAGCCCAGAUCUCUGCCCCAGUGGCAGACGGAAAGCUGGUGUCAGCGGGUGAGCGUCAGGAAGCCAUCAGUCCUUAGCAUCUGGAUGGUGGAGGCGUUAACUACUGAACCGUGCAGUGUGGACUGCAGAAACACCUAACAAUUGAUUCUUUCUUCCUCGGGAGGCAAAGAGCCCUGAUCAAGGAGAUUCCCAGAGUGGGGGGGUCUCUGUUACUCGAAUACCUCAGCACUGCUGUAUUUGUUAGGGUCAUCCUGUGAAAAGUAUCCAGCCCAAGCCUGGAAUUCAGCAGCUGUCCAGGGUGCCAUUUUACGCCUAGCGAACCUGUGGAGACUUGGGCUGGACCUUGACUACUCUUGAAAUUUUACUUCCCAGCCUGUUUUCCCAUGGAUUAUGAGCUUUCUGCUUCCUUAGUCGGGGCCAUUUUCAACUAAUUGAAUAAAUGAAUGAAUGAUAAA